AUGGCUUUACGGAUCCAACGGAUCUCUGGUGAAGAGCUGACGUUGGGCUCUGAACAGAUCUGCGAGUUGGUCGAAAGACCAGGGUUCUUAUCCGUGAAGGCACUGAAGCAGUACUGUAGCUCCCAAGUCAAGGUGUCGAUUUUUCGGCAGCGCAUCAUUUACAAAGACCAGAUUCUUGAAGGUGAACUGGCCUUAAAAGACCUGGAGUUUCCAGCAGAUCUCCAACUUCUCUUGGUGUCGUUCAUUGUGCCGGACAUCAAAGCUAAGCGCAAUUUCUUCCGUGCAGUGCAGAUGGGGAAACAGCCUACCGUGGAAGCCUUUUUACAGGAGCCAAUUGAUCCGGAUAUCGUGAAUCACCGCGGAUACACAGCUUUACAUGAAGCUGCAGGGCGCUCGCAUUUUGAGCUAGUGAGACUCUUGUUAGAGGCAGGUGCCGAUAAAGACAAGGAAGCAGGGGAUAGUGGUCGGGUUCCACUCAACUUCUGUCAGGGAGACCCGAAAAUGCUACGUUUGCUGUUGGAUGCAGCCGCGAAUCCUGAUGGAAAAACUACUCCGCCAUUGCAGCAAGCAUUAGAAAUUGGUCAUGUGGAAAUGGUGAAACUGCUACUGAAUGCUGGUGCCAAUGCCGAGCUUCCAACAACUAAAUCGAUGCCGGAAUCGGCGCUGUUGGCUGCUGCAAAGGCAGAUCAGACUGAAGUGGUUCUUUUGUUGCUUCAAGCUCGUGCAAAUCCAGAUCGCGCCUCUCGUGGGGAGACACCCUUAGUGGCAGCCGCACGCAAAGGCAACACUGCAGUCGUGCGUUUGUUGUUGGACUUUGGAGCUGACAAAGAUCAGAUGGCCAAACUCCCAGCAGCGAGAGUCCCAUCGUCGUUCUCACCACGAACAGCUCUGUCUGAAGCUUGCGAAGCUGGACGAGAGGAAGUGGUGCGCUUGUUGCUCUCGGUGGGUGCCAGCAAGGACAAAAGUUCAGAUCCAAUGGAUCUGCCAUUGACAGCUGCAUCGAGGGCAGGGAAGCUGCAAGUGGUGAAUCUGUUGUUGGAAGCAGGAGAUCACUCGGACAAGGUGGCUUUAGUGUUGUUUCAGUUGUUUCCCUUCCGUCCCUUCCCAACAUGUUUGGCACAGACCCAGACUGUGGGAGUCUGGUACCCUGGAGGCCCUGGUGACACCACAAUCACCUCUGUGCAUCACCGGGACCGGUUCUGCGCCUUCUGCAAAGCGCAGAAAGCGCAGAAGAUGCGACACCGGGGAAAAAGAUGA